AUGGCGGCUCCGAGCCCGAGCGGCGGCGGCGGCUCCGGGGGCGGCAGCGGCAGCGGCACUCCGGGCCCCGUGGGGUCCCCGGCGCCCGGCCACCCGGCCGUCAGCAGCAUGCAGGGCUUUCAGAUAAACUUCUGUGAAAAGGCACAAAGUAAACGCAAAGCACUGAAGUUGAAUUUUGCAAAUCCACCUUUCAAAUCUACAGCAAGGUUUACUCUGAAUCCCAAUCCUGCAGGAGUUCAAAACCCACACAUAGAGAGACUGAGAACACACAGCAUUGAAUCGUCAGGAAAACUGAAGAUCUCCCCUGAGCAGCACUGGGAUUUCACUGCAGAGGACUUGAAAGACCUCGGAGAAAUUGGACGAGGAGCUUAUGGUUCUGUCAACAAAAUGGUCCACAAACCAAGUGGGCAAAUAAUGGCGGUUAAAAGAAUUCGGUCAACAGUGGAUGAAAAAGAGCAAAAACAACUUCUCAUGGAUUUGGAUGUAGUGAUGCGAAGUAGUGAUUGCCCGUACAUUGUUCAGUUUUAUGGUGCACUCUUCAGAGAGGGUGACUGUUGGAUCUGUAUGGAACUCAUGUCUACCUCGUUUGAUAAGUUUUACAAAUAUGUAUAUAGUGUACUAGAUGAUGUUAUUCCAGAAGAAAUUUUAGGCAAAAUCACUUUAGCAACUGUGAAAGCACUAAACCACUUAAAAGAAAACUUGAAAAUCAUUCACAGAGAUAUCAAACCUUCCAAUAUUCUUCUGGAUAGAAGUGGAAAUAUUAAACUCUGCGACUUCGGCAUCAGUGGACAGCUUGUGGACUCCAUUGCCAAGACAAGAGAUGCUGGGUGCAGGCCAUACAUGGCACCUGAAAGAAUAGACCCAAGUGCGUCACGACAAGGAUAUGACGUCCGCUCUGAUGUCUGGAGUUUGGGGAUCACACUGUACGAAUUGGCCACAGGCCGAUUUCCUUAUCCAAAGUGGAAUAGUGUGUUUGAUCAACUAACACAAGUUGUGAAAGGAGACCCACCACAGUUGAGUAAUUCUGAGGAAAGGGAAUUUUCCCCAAGUUUCAUCAACUUUGUCAACUUGUGCCUUACCAAGGAUGAAUCCAAAAGGCCAAAGUAUAAAGAACUUCUGAAACAUCCCUUUAUUUUGAUGUAUGAAGAGCGCGCUGUCGAGGUCGCAUGCUAUGUUUGUAAAAUCCUGGAUCAAAUGCCAGCUACUCCCAGCUCUCCCAUGUAUGUCGACUGACAUCGCUGCUACGUCAGACUCUAGGCACAAGGGCUGAGAGGAAGCAAGACGUAAAGAAUCUUCAUCCCGUACCACAGUGUUUUUAUUGCUCGCCCAGACACCAUGUGCAAUAAGAUUGGUGUUCGUUUCCAUCAUGUCUGUAUACUCUCGUCACCUAGAACGUGCAUCCCUGUAAUACCUGAGCACACGCAGUGUCAGUGCCGGUCAGAGAGGCCUCACCCUGCUCUUCCGUGGUGGACGUGUUCAUGAAAUGUGCAAGUUAGUCUGACCGAUUUGUUGACCGUGAUUAGAUCACAUCUUAAAUUCAUUUCUAGACUCGAAACCUGGAGACGCAGCUACUGGAAUGGUGUUUUGUCAGAAUUUCAAAUACUGGACGGCUGCGGUGACGGAUGCGCUGUGUCUGAACACAGACUCGGGCUGGAGUGUGAAGAGCGGGCACGGCCAGCGAGACACGUCGCCUUCUGGAGCUGGGAGCUGGGGGAGGGAGUUACGUUCUUCACCAAGUGCAAUAGGUUGACUGAAGUGACGUUCUGUCUCUUUACAGCCACCGUCGAUGUCUGGGGACGGAUGUACUUAGCCAGAUUCCUUCCCUGUUUGAGAUACCAUGUUAAAUCAGAGGGAGUUUAUUAUCUUUACCAAAAACCACGUUGCGUUCAGAGAGGUGAACGUGGAAAGACUGGGACGGGACAGAGCGUGUUCUUUUCUCCCU